GUGAUUACAUAAACACUUUCUGCGAGAAUGGAUAGUUGAGUUGGGAAUUCGGAACGACUGAAAGUUUCAAUUUUUAAUUGAGAAUAGUUUGAAGAGUAUAACGUAGAGCUACGAGGCUGUUGGGAAAAAUGACAGAAGUUUGGAUGAUUUUCAUCGCCUCGGCCUUAGUCGUCUUGACUAUAAUCUACUAUUAUGGUACACGCGGUUUGAGUUACUUCAAGAAUAGAGGAAUCCCGUAUCUACCCGGUACACCUCUUCUGGGUAAUAUGGGAGACGUUUUCUUCAGCCGGAAGAGCCUCACGGAUACGAUUUUGCACGCCUACAAUUACAAUCGCGAUGCAAAGUACGUAGGAUUCUUUGACUUUGCAAGUCCCGUCGUUGUCAUCAGAGAUCCAGAGCUGAUCACGCAGGUUUCCAUAAAGAGUUUCGAGAGUUUUCCGGACCACAAAAUGUUCGCCGAAGAAGUGCCCGAUUUGUUCUUAAAGGACAGCUUGUUUGGGCUGAAAGGCGAGCGUUGGAAAGACACGAGGACGCUUUUGAGCCCCGCGUUUACGUCGAGUAAAAUGAAGACGAUGUUCAAACUGGUGAAGGAAUGCUCUGUGAAUUUGGUAAGACACUUGAAGACGCGGGGCGGCGAUGCGAACCUCUUCGACGUCAGGAACAUCUUGGCGAGGUACACGAACGACGUGAUACUGACAUCAGCGUUUGGCAUAAGCAUGGAUUCGCUCGAGGAGCCGGAAAACGACUUUUACUCGAUUGGUACAGAGGCGGUAAACUUCGAGGGCACCAGAUCCAGGAAGUUGUUCAUGCUCCGGAUGUUUCCGCGCCUUUCGAAGCUCCUCAACGUGAGACUGUACGACGACAGGACGGUCGGUUUCUACAAGGACGUGGUUAAAACGACGGUCGCGACGAGGGACCAGAGAGGAAUUUACCGCCCCGACAUGCUUCAGCUGAUGAUGCAGGCGAGGAACAAAGCCCAGAAGUUCAAACUGACGACCGAAGAGAUGACGGCUCACGCCUUCUUGUUCUACCUGGGCGGUUUCGACACGGUUUCCUUACUGAUGACCUUCGCCACCCACGAGAUAGCCGUGAAUCCGGACGUACACGAGAAGCUUCAAGCGGAGGUCGAUCGGGUCGUCGAAGAGUGCGACGGCGAGGUCACCUACGAGGCUCUCCACGCCAUGCGGUACCUGGACGCCGUCGUCAACGAGACCCUGCGACUUCAUUCGCCGGCUACGAUGAUCGACAGGGUUUGCAGAGAGAGAUUCGAACUGCCGCCAGCGCUGCCAGGGCUGAAGCCGUUCGUCGUCGAGCCUGGAGUAUCUCUGUGGUUUCCGACCGCAGCGUUGCACAGAGAUCCGGAAUAUUUUCCUGACCCGGAGAAAUUCGACCCUGAAAGAUUCAACCACGCUAAUAAAGCCUCAGUCGAUUCCACGGCUUACAUACCCUUUGGGAUCGGACCCCGCAUGUGCAUUGGGAACAGAUUUGCCCUCAUGGAAGCUAAGUUAGUCUUGUUCGAACUGAUGGCAAACUUCAACCUGUUACCGUGCAGCAAAACUGAGAAUCCGAUAAAAGUUAGUGUUUCGAGUUUUGUGUUUCGGCCUGAGGGGGCGGUCUGGCUGAAAGUCGAACCUAGAAAUCACCAAUAGGUUUAGAGAUGAGAAAACGGUAUUCACAGUUUCAUUUUACGAUAGAAAGGAACGAGGAAUAAUAGUUUUGAAGUAAUAAUUUUGGAAGCGUACCCUGCUGGAGAAUUUAUCUGUUUCUAAUAUCGACUGACUUCUCCGAUGGUUUGUCACUAAACAUUUCACUUUAGCUACGGUAUGAAAAUGCUUAAAACGAAGCAGGUGUCAAAGUUGAAAAAAUAGCAAUUUGCUACCAGAAUAUAAAA